UUGAGUCGUUGACCCAGUUUGGACUGCGCGCCGGCGAGUGAGAGUGCCGUCGCGUCUCGCUGCCGUCCAGAGGGCAGGAGGAGUGGGGGUGUAGACAGCCGCGGAGUCCCGGCAGUCCCUCUCGACGGUGGCUAGCAGCUGACGACGUCCCGGGCCCCGUUUUCCGACGAGCGACGCGCCUCCGGGAGCCGUCUCUGGAAACACUCGCACCUCUACAGCCGCUGCGACAUGGCGGCCUUCCUCUACGCACUGGGUUUCGCGGUACUUGUGGGCCCGUGCUUCGUCCGCUCGGCUGACGUGGUGAGCGGCAUCCAUCUCGUCACUGCCAUCAGCAACAACCUGGUGCCGAAACUGUUCCAGGCGCUGUCCCCGGGCAGGGAGAACCUGGUGUUCGCGCCGUUCGGGCUGGCCAGCAACCUCGCCAUGCUGCUGGAGGCCGCCGGCGGGGACACAGAGCGCGAGCUGCGGCGCGCGCUCGACCUGCCGGCCGCCGCAGACCUCGGCGAGAUGCGCCUCGGCUUCAAGGCCUACUUCGACUCCUUCGAGGCGGCCGCGGGGGACGACGAGGCGGCCGGCUCCUUCAACAUGGCGGCGCUGCGCAGCUCCGACGUGCUGUCUGCCCCCUACAAGGCGCUGCUGGCCGAGUACUACAAGGCCAACAUCACCGAGGCGCAGCCCUCCGAGAACAGGACCGCGGCCCGCGCCGCCCAGGUGCUGGAGCUGCGCAGCGACUCGGGCGUGAUGAGCCACUGGAAGGACUACCACCGCCUGGCCGCCUUCGCCUUCCUGUCGCACGUGGCGUCGGCGCCGUUCCGCCGCUCCGCCUCGCGCACCGUGCAGGUGCCCAUGAUCCCCCAGGUGGGGCUGUUCCGCUCCGGCCACCUGCAGCACCUGGGGUGCGAGGCGGUGGAGCUGCCCCUGGAGGCGGACGCGGCCAGCCUGCUGCUGCUGGUGCCCGACAACCCUGACCGCCUGGACGAGGCCAUCGUGAAGCUGUCGGCGCUGCCGCUGCCCGACCUGGUGUCCGGGCUGGAGCGGCGCGAGACCGAGGUGUCGCUGCCGCAGCUCGCCGUGCUCACGUCCGGGCUCGACCUCACGCCCUUCCUGCGCCAGCUCGGCGUGCGCGCCGCCUUCGACGCCGGCGGCGCAGACCUGGCGCGCGCCUCCAACGCCGCGUACGCGCGCUCCGUGCAGCAGGACGCCUACUUCGCCACCUCCUUCGUCGCCGUCAACUCCGUCGGCUCCGUCGCCGUCGACGCCGCCGCCAAGCGGACGAAGAGGGACUCGCCGGCGCUGAUCGUGGACAGGCCGUUCCUGUUCUUCCUGCUGCACAGGGACACGCAGCUGGUGCUGCUGGCGGGCAAGGUGCAGAACCCCACGCAGAUACCCUAG